GCUGCGAUUAGCUUUUUAAUUGUAAAAUCUAAUGAAAUAUUAAUGGUAAUCAUAUCGUGAUGGUGUUAUUGAUGCAAAGGGAACUGAUUUGGCCAGGCCAAUAACAGCUUCAAUGAAGUUGCAUUAUUAAUCAUCAUAUAGGUGAUAGAUGUCGUUAUAUAUCCAUUGAGCCUUGACAAACAAUACUUAUUUUUACACACGUUGUUAAAAUGUCUCAUAGACAAUUUAUUCAUUACUGAUAGGUUUGCACCACACACAUAUAAUUCCUAAGUUAACUUUGAAAAUAUAUGAGAGAAGCAAAGGAAAAAAAGAAAAAAAAAAAAAAAAAAACAAAAAUAUUCUCGGCGCCAAGUGCCAGCAGCGAAGCCCGACGGCGCUCACCAUCACGGCGCCCGUGUUCGAUUUCGUGUCCGCGACCAAGCGAGAAGUUUCAUCGCCUCUUCCGAACACGCACUUCGGCCAUUCACUGCGCUGAGGAGCUCACUGGUGAACGCAUGAAGAUUUCAAUUUUGUUCCUCACCUGACGAUGAAAGAUGGCAUACCAACGGACGUAUCAGACGUGAGCAGCACGAGCGCGCCCGGCCUGAGUGGUGCCCUUCCACCUGGAGGUCCUCUCGGCACAACGCCCUCCGUCAGACUGGUUCUUCCGCCUCUGCAUGAACUGAGGAAGAAAGAGACACAGGAGAUUCUGAACCUCAUUUUGCCUCCGAGAGAAUGGGAAGAAGCCGGUCAGCUGUGGGUGCAGAGCGUGUCCACUACGCCAGCUACCUCCGUGGACGUGCAGCAACUUCAGGAGCAGCUAGACCUGAGGUUGCAGGAGCAGGAGGCCUUCGAGACUGGCAUUUGCCCCGUCAGACGAGACCUGUACACGCAGUGCUUUGACGAACUCAUCCGGCAAGUGACCAUUAACUGUGCCGAACGAGGACUCUUGCUGUACAGAGUCAGGGACGAAAUCAGAGAGACCCUGGAUGCUUACCAGAGACUCUACACAUCAGCCUGUGCUUAUGGCGUCAGGAAGGCCCUCAUGGCCGAGGAGCACAAGGUGAAGGUGGGCGCCCGCUGCGACGAGCUGCGCAAGCAGGUGAGCGAGCUGGAGACGCGAGCCGAGUCCCUGCGGCAGGAGAUCGAGCAGCUGCAGACGGAGGCUCAGGACGCCAGGAAGGCCGACGCCGACAAGCACGAGGAGACGAAGACGGUCCAUCAGGCAAGGAUUGAGAUACUCAAGAAAAAACUGGAAGGCAUCAUCAAGCAGGCGACGCAGCCCAAGAAAUAAUCAUCUCCCAGCUCCGUAUCGCGAUGUUUUAUAACGUGAUAUAACCCUUGAGACAGUAUUAGAGCUUUGUGAAACCUCAGGCAGUUUUAUAUUCUAUUGAAGAAAACAUAUAUAAAAGAUGUUACUUGGAAACUGUGUUUUACAAGCCAGCAUU